AUGAUUGCCUUGUUAACCACUCCCAGCACCAGUGCCACGUCGCCAACUACUACCUGCUCCGUCUUGGAGUUCAGCGCGACUGGGAAGAAUACUAGUCCAAAAACUGUAAUGGAUUUCAACAGUUCGGAUUCACCCAAGAAGACUGCCAUGGUAGUCAUUCCCAAGUAUCUACUUCCCAACUUGAGAAAUACUUCCCUUACUUCGGCACUGAUCCAGGGAACCUCCCUAAACGGGGACGCCACCUUUUCGUGUACCGAUGAUGAUUCUUCGGUAGCGCUCUCCGCCAUUUCCACGGAUGAGGAAGAAUCCACGACUGCUACUACUUUUUCCAAAAGCAGCUUCAGCAGCAGCCGCCGAAGAAGAGCCAUCUUUUCUCCUUAUUGGAAAAAGAGUGGCGAAGAGCCCGUGGAGAUGAUCCCCACGGGUGAUACCGACGUAACCGCCAUUCGUUCGCCGGCUGCUUCGGUACAAUCCUGUUUGCCCCACUACGAGCAAAUUCGAGAACUCCAAGUGAAACCCUUGCGACCUCGAGUCGUCAAGUCGGAUCCCAUUCUGGCUCGCCCCAUGCCUCCCUCCAUUCUCCGCAAGAGCAAAUAUACAAGAAGGCAUACUGUUGGUGCUGUCAAGUUGAACAAGAGUGCUGAUUUAGUCGCCACCAGCACGGCCAUUGCGGGAGCUCUGGCCGCCAUCGAUAUUGAGAUGGAGGCUUCCAACAACCGAGUCCAAUUCGAUAGCAACGUCGAUGUAAGGGUAUUCACCAAGGAACGACCCAUGCUCGAACCAGCCCAACCAGGAUGGUCCAAGAUGUUUACCAACUAA